ACACUCGUAGAAGUAAGUAUGCGGCGGGUAAUGUUCUAAAAUUCUCACAAAAUUCAAUUGCCUUACCAAGCAUACAAACCAUCGCGUACUCGCAUCAAACGGCUUUUCUGCUUGAUCGGAAAUGAAAGCGCCCCAAGUUACCAUUCAAUGUAAAUACACAGUAACAACUUGCAGGUUCUAUUCCUACUCAUGAGGCGUAGUAGUUUGGGGGUUUAUUUAAGUAUUGGUGUACCAUAUCAUAGCAAAUUUUGGCAACAUCAAAGACCAAAGCAAUUGAGGUCCCAUAUAUGGCCAAUGUUUCUCGUUUAUCUGCAUAUUCUCAGCAUUAUAUCCUCUUCUGAUUCUUCUAAAUUGCUUUCAUCUUGAAUUAGCCAUGUCCGCAACAACCUCGCUGAGCGCCGCGGCAAGUUCUGCCCAAGCCGCUGCUAUUGCCGCUAUUAAGGCUACCAUGCUAUCGGAGCCCCCACCACCCGGAGAGUUUGUUAAUCUAAUCGAUCCACCUUCUCAAAAGGUUCCCAUCAUAGCAGUCUCAGUCAUCUUCUUGGUCCUUACUGUAGCAUUUGUUGGCUUGCGUUUGUAUGCAAACUUUUUUGUGAAGCGGUCUUGGGGUGCAGAAGAUUGUAAGUAGAGUGUCUUAAGUAUAAGGUAGUUGCUAACCAUGAAUAGAUUUUUGUAUCAUAGCAACAGUAAGAUAUCUUCACCUCCGUACUUUGUCUAUCAAUAUCUUGACUAACAAUGCCGGCUAGAGUCUAUCAAUCGCCUACGUAUCAUUUAUUCUUGACUGUAAGUUGGCUCAUUCAAAGGCCAUGACUAGAUCUCUGCUGAACAAACUUCAGUGGCCUGGGUCUCGAGACAUAUGUGGGAUGUUCCUGUCAUAUGGUUUAGCGAAACUUAUUGGAAGGUAUUAUCAGUUCUACUCCGUUAUUAUUCUUGUCUUCGACUUACAGUCCGUACAGAAACGAUAUGCCCAAAACAACAUUGUUGCGUUCGCAUUCUUAUUCUCGAGAAUUCCCAUUCUUUUGCUUUAUCUGCGAAUCUUUAAAUCUACUAAGAAGUUUCGUUAUGCGGUAUACUUUGGUUUCGCGGCAGACUUUGCUAUCUAUAUGGUGAAUGUGCCGGUGCUGGCAUACUUCUGUGCUCCACGUCCUGGAGGCUCUUGGGAUACACCCGACACACUCGCGAAAUGUGCUCGCAUCGAACCGUUGGCCAUUGUCCAAGGAGCCUGCAACAUUCUUCUCGAUAUUUAUAUCUUAUUGCUACCUGUACAACCCAUCGUCAAGCUUCAAAUGCCGACUAAGUCCAAGCUUAAUGUUCUCGCCGUCUUUACUACUGGUAUCUUGUAAGUUACUCUGCUCAUGAAUCAUUCCAUAAACCUUUCUAGGCUAACUCUACAAAGCGCCCUCGUUGCAAGUUGUGUUAGUCUCUACUAUCGCUACGAACUCACAUACGGUCCUGACGUUAAUUGGAACGAAGGAGCAUUCGUUGCGUCGGCGUAAGUCAAUAUCUGUACAUUAUCUUCCGCCUUUGCUAAUAAUUAACCUAGUGUUGUCGAGAUUAACGUCGCCAUCAUUUGUUCAUCUAUGCCCGCAUGUCAUUCAUUGGUGAAACACUAUUGUGGUGAAGCCGGCUUAUUUGCCUCAAUCCGCUCCUUAUUCAGUGGUGAGAGGAGUCAAACGAGCUCCGCGGGCUCGUAUGAUUUGAAAGGCUCACAAACCAAGUAUAAUUUGUUCAGUCCUUGGCGCAAAGGAAGCAAUCAGUCGUCAGAAUCACAGACAAGAUUGCCGGACCACGAAUUCCAAGAACUGAGCGGUGGAAUUGGAAAAGGCAAUGACAAAAAUGCGGUGGCUUGUUUUGCUGGACCAGUUGAAGCAAAACGUGAUUAUAGUGGUGUUGAAGGAAACAUCAAGAUUAAGAGAUCUGUGGACGUGGAAAUUGUGUGAACAUUGUCAAAAAGUGUCACUAAAAAUGAUCACGUGAAUUUGCUCGUUCCGCCCACUGGGGCUGGCGAGCUAUCAAAUAAGAGUGUAGUUUUUGUAUCAGUAGAUUAGUCGGCGAAUGGUACUGAGAGUAGACUUAAU